CGUUAUAUAAUUGGUGAAAAGACAAAAGAGGAUUGAUUGUCUUGGGAUUGGGCUAUUUGCAGAAAUUCAAAGUCAAAAUAAGUCCCAACGACGAACUCCAUUCCUCUUCCUCUCGAUCUCUGCUUCACUCUCUCUCUCUCUCUCUCUCUAGCCAUGGACGCUCUCGUUGCUCAGCUGCAGAUGCAAUAUCGUAAUUACACAGUUUCUCUCUACCAACAGGGCUUUCUGGAUGAUCAGUUUACUGAGCUAAAAAAGCUUCAAGAUGAUGCAAGUCCUGAUUUUGUGGCCGAGGUUCUCUCUCUCUUCUUUGAAGAUUGUGUCAAGCUUAUCGGCAACAUGGCCAGAGCUUUGGACCAGACAGGAACUGUGGAUUUUAGUCAGGUCGGUGCGAGUGUGCAUCAGUUGAAGGGUAGUAGCUCCAGUGUUGGUGCCAAGAGGGUGAAAGGUUUGUGUGUUACCUUCAAGGAGUACUGUGAGGCUAAUAACUACGAAGGGUGUGUGAGAUGUCUGCAGCAGGUGGAUAUCGAGUACAAGGCGUUACAGACAAAGCUUCAAGAUAUGUUCAAUCUUGAGAAACAAAUCAUUCAAGCUGGUGGUAAAGUUCCUCAAGUGGACAUUAACUAAAAAGACUCGCAAUGCUCUUGUGGUUAGAAGAGAAGAACAAGAUGAUGAUGACUCAAAUUUGCAGUCUUCAAUUUCUAUUUUAAUUUAUUUUGUUUGCUCAGAAGGAACUCAAUAGACUGUGUGGAAAAAAAAGAGAGAUGAUUCUUGUUGAUAAUAAUCAUUAGUAUGCAUGCAUUAACAUUUCUGGACCAA